AUGUCCAGCCAACUAUUGGGAGUCGUGUUACUCGUUCGUCACGGGGAUCGACAAGGAUUUUAUCAAAGCCCCCAAACCUAUACUGCAACUGCCACACAAAUCACUCCCCUAGGCAAUCAACAAGAGUUUCUGCUCGGCGACUACCUACGUUCAUUAUACUUGAAUCAGUCAUCGCCAUCGUACAUCUCUGGCAUGAGCACAGGGAUGUUCAAUGCAUCCCAGGUGUACGUUCAAGCAGACCUUGGAGGCGAAGAUGGAGUCAUCUACGAUUCUUGUGUAUCAUUAACACAGGGACUUUGGCCUGCCACGCCCUCAAACAAUAUCACCCUUGCUAAUGGGACGACGAUCACGGCUCCCCUCGGAGGGUAUCAGUAUAUACCUAUUGAGUCUGUGGAUCCCAACCUGAGCGUAUCAUUGGAAGGUUUCACCGAUUGCAAUACCUUCAACACGCAUACGGCAGAGUUUUACAACUCAUCCACCUUUACAGAGAUGGCUACACAAAGCGCAUCUUUCCUGGACUCUCUACCUCCUUAUUUGAGUGGAAGAUCAGUUCAGCUGCAGAAUAUGUGGAAUAUAUUCGACUUUAUGAAUGUGAAUGACAUUCACAACGCCACCUUCGCCCAGGAUCUCCCACUCACAUACCUAGCGCAAGCACAAACUUUGGCCAACUGGCACGAGUAUAACGUCUUUAGCGAUCCUUCUAUUGGAGGCAUCGGGAACAUUGCCGGUUUGACUCUUCUGCCAACAAUUCUCAAUGGAUUUUCAGACAUCGCGAACUCCACAAACCCUCUGAAGUUGUCAAUUACCGCUAUUGCAUACAAACCUUUCCUCUCCCUCUUUAAUAUGACAGGCGUUGCUAGUGCCAACCCGAGUCUUGCAGGUAUUGUCGAUUACGCUGCCGCCGUGGCUUUGGAACUCCGUCAACCUGCUGCGGGUGGGGAACCUGUUAUCCGUUUCAACUUCAAAAACGGAAGUGACGCAACCUUCGUGACAUACAACUUCCUCAACCGCACAGGGGAUGUCCCGUUGUCUGUUUUCAUUGACGCGAUGGCUCCCGUCGCGGUGAAUACUACGGCGGCUUGGUGCGAUGUUUGUGCCAACACCCAAGAUAGGGGCUGUGCUGCUCUUGCUCUUGCGACAGAUCAAGGAGAAGCUGCUGCUCAGCCCAAAAUCAGUCCAGCUGGAGCCGGUGUUCUUGGCGCGGGUUUGACUCUUGCAGUCGUUGCAUUGAUGGCUAUCACCCUGGCUUUCCUCGGACUAUUGACGGUUGGUAAGUUUGGGAGGCGGCGGUCAAAGCAUCCUGGCGUAUUUGAACUCAAAGACGGCGAAAGUAUAUGA